CUCGCCCGGGGAAGGGGAAGCGGGGGAGCGGGGAGCGGGAGAGAGGGAGGCUCGGCACCGGCCGCGGCAGCACCCGGCUGGUGGCAUGGCCAAACUAGUCCAGGCACGGACCAAAUUCCUGCCUCAGGAAUGGAACUUCUCAAACAAGAGCCGCUACAACAAUGCAGAGGUUCAGCGGUCACGAUCAGAGCGCCUGGUCUUAGAGAGCGAGAGGCUGGUGGAUGAGAUCGAGAACACCACAAGGAAAACACAGCGAGAUGUCAACAAGAAGCUCGAUCAGAGGAUUGAGGAAGUCACCUACUGGGAGUCAGAGCUCAACACCACUGAGGAGCUCUCAAACGAGACAGAGCUGCUGCUGGCCCAGAAGACCCGCUUGGAGAAAGCUCUCGACAGCUGCUUUGCCCCUCUCUGCAUCGCUCAGCAGUGUCUCCUGAACCGGGAGCAGCGCGUCAGCCUUGACCUGGUCCACGAUGAGGUGGAGCGGGAGCUGCUGAAGGAGUUGGAGGUCUUCCAGGGGGUCAUCGCCCUGCUGAGACGCACCUUGGAGCAGACGGACGAACAGAUCAGGUUAAAUCGUACGGCUAAAUUUUACUUGGAGAAAGAUUUGCAGGACAAGUCCAUGGCUCUGAGAGUGGACAAGUUCACUGCCAAUCUCACCAACAACUCCCCAAGCAUUGACUACUGGCCCAAUGUCGUCAGAAUAGAAGGAAACUCAGUCACCCCCACGGAGUGGCAGGACUUCACCAACACCAACAUCGUGAAUGCAGACAAACAGAAAAAUAACUCUGCUGCCAUGCGCGCCCUGAUCGACAGCAUCUUAUCAGAAACCACAGCCGACAUGCUGAAGCAAGUGGAGACUGCGAACCGAGCCUUCACGUUCCGCAUCCAUGAAACAAAAGAUGCAAAGUCCAAACUGGAAAAGCAGCUCAGCAAGGUGAUGGACGAGAUCUCCUCUCAGGAGAAGAACAUUGAGCUGCUGAAGAAAACCAUCAUGGACAAGGAGGGCCCCAUGAAGGUGGCUCAGACACGCCUGGAUACCAGGACCCAAAGGCCCAACGUGGAGCUUGUGCGAGAUCCGGCCCAGUACCGUCUGAUCAGUGAGGUGCAGGAGAUCACGGAUAACGUGGACCGGCUGCGGGCGACCCUGGCACAGGCUGAGGCCGAGCUGAGGGGACUGCGACGCAAUCAGCUGGCUCUGGAGGAGGAGAUCGAAAUUAAGAGCAACUCACUUUACAUCGAUGACGUGCAGUGUACGAACCUGAGAAACUCCAUCUCCAUCAACCACUUCUAGACCAGGACCCCGCUCUGAGUGUGGGUGUGCAAACAACACUGGAGCAGCAGCACAGGGUUUAUUUCAUGCCCUUGUCAGCUCUUACACCCCUUCCUGAUGUACCUGUACCUCACGGUCAGCAUUAUCAAUAAAUGCUUUUCCAUUAAA